AUGUGUUCGUUCGUCGGGAUCGCACUGACGUUUGGAUUGGCGUUUUCUCCUAAUUGUAGGUGAGUUUGUACGAAAAAAUCAUACCAUAAUUGGCUUGACUAAUAUGUUAUCGGAUGCUAACGAUUGUUAUACUUCGAACUGCGCGUUUCCUACGCUGACACCGAGAAUACAAAUUGUUAAUGUUGGCACGUUUGGUAGUUUUGAAAGUAUGAAAUUUUCUUCUUCUUUGAACGUAUCAGGUGUGUUUUGUUGAUGGUUUUGCCGCAUUUAUUUUCAUCCAAGGGUCGACACGCGCUACUCAUGUACGCGUUCAUAUUGACAUUUACUGGCCCUUCCAAGACCACGUUGCACAACACUGGAGUACUGUCGGAAUCUCUAACUUGCCUUCAGGUGCCUACCUACGUGGCGUAAAUUUGUGCAUCGGUAAAAAAGCAAGUUAGUGUUCAAAAAAUCAAAAUGAAAAACAAUGAUUACAGGACGAGAUCAAAUCGGCCAUCCGGCAGAUCGUGGACAUAAUCAAAAAACCACUGUUGGCGGUCCAGUCGUCGGUGAUGCGCAUAAAAGUCCAACUGGCCGCGAUUGUCGAAAAAAUGAAAAAGUCAAUGUUGGCCAUCAAGAACACCGUCCUUGGGUUGGGUGAGCAGCUCUGUCAUUUUCCAAUAUGAAUAUUUAUACGGUUCGGUAUUAUGAAAUAAUAAUAUCUUAUUAUUUUCCCUGCCUUGUUUUCAAAAUUAUUAGCGUCAGCGCUAUAUAGGGAAAACAUAAUAUAUAAAUAGCAGUUUUUUAAGCAGUAAAUUUGUAUGGCUCACAUGUAGGUGAGUGACGGUCGUUUAAAAUUAAUUAAACCACGCGUGUAUUUUUGUAUUGUGCCCAGAGCUCGGGAGUUAAACUUUAGCACUUCACCUCAUCAAAAAUAUUAAGCGUUUAAAAAUCCAUUAUAAACACUCAAAUAAAAUCAAUUUAAAAACAUCAUGCAAAGAAAAGCGAUCUCAAAUAUGGUCAAUCUCGCCUGAAAAAAAAAAAAACUUAUCGGAGUUUCGUUGGCGAUAACCACUUGUUUUCUGUUGUCUCAAAAUAGAAAAUAUGUAAAAACUGUUAAAUUAACCGAGAAUAGGUACUAUGGAAUUUCAUAUUUGAAAUCGUUGUAGGUGUAAGGUGACGUAAACCGUUAGCACUCUGUUAGAUUUUGCGUCUAGCCGUAAUAAGCAAUACGUUAUGCAUAUAUCACACACAUAUUUCGAAACCAUUUUCGCCGUCAACUACAUCUGUAUAACAAUAUGACAGUUAAAACAAACAUUGAAAAGUCCCGAUAAUAUACUGAACCUCGUUAUACUAUAUUCGUAUUAUGUAUAGUACGAACCGUGAAGUCGGCGUACGAUUGGCUGUACAGCGUGAUGAGCAUCUGUAACAAGAAAGUCGGUACUCCGUUCCAGAGGUGUACGAAAAUGUUCGAUAGCGCGCUGGACGAGUGUAAAGUAAUGCAUUGAUAUCGUAACUAUUGACUAGUACUCAGUGAGAAUUGUUUUACAGUGAAAACUGCGAGUUUCAUAUCAUAAUAAUUAUAAUAUAGGCUACCGUCUCGCCGGCUUUCGGGUGGAUGUGUUCAGUAUCGUACGUAUUGUCGCACGUGUGCUACUCCGUAAAAUUUCUGGACAGUCUGUGCGAUUUUUUCGAAUUCAUAAACGAAUCGAUUUUCGGAGCCAUCGAAAAUAGUAAGUGUAGCGAUGACACACCUUUGUUGUCAUUAUUUUAAUGAUUAUUUAUUUAUUUAUUUUAAAUUAUAACGGGAGUCCUUUAGCAUAGUAAAACACACUACUUAAUAGAUACUUGAAAGUAUACAAAUUAAUAUUCGAGUAACGCAAAAGUAAAAUUCUUCAAGAGUGCCGGGCUUCAUUAGCUGGUUUCAUCAUUCUCAGGACGGUUAUACGGUUAUUUUUUUUAUAUAAUAUUCAAAAUUUGAAGUUAUUUGAAAAUGAAAUAUUACCAAAGCGUUGUAUGAAUUUAGAAAUGUUAUUAAGGGACGGUGAAAAUCGUGAUUUAAAUGGAAUUAAACUUUUUGACGAGUUAAAAACAUUUUGUAGAACUUUGAACAAACAAAAAACAUCUAUCGAGUGUCUUAAUUUAAUAGAAUCAACAUGUGGUUCAUUUCCAAACAUUUCUAUUGCAUUAGGAUUAUUAUUAAUUCUUCCAAACGACUACUGUUAGUGCUGAGAGAAGUUUCUCAAAGUAAAAAAUCAUAAAGAAUUAUUUGAGAACAACAAUAAUGUAAGAUCGACUUUCUGAUUUAGCAAUUAUUUAAAUUGGACGUAAUUUGUAUGAAAAUGUAGACUAUAAAGAUAUUAUUGGAAAGUCCGCAGGGAUAAAAGCCAGAAAAAUUAAUUUUUGAAGAAUAAAGUGUUUUUUCAUAGUAUUUUAAUAAUGUCUGUUUAUUUUAUAUGUUUUAUUUUUAUUUUAUUAAAAUGUAAAUUUGUAUAAAUGUAGGUGACGAUUAAUGAAUUAUAGAUAUUAGAUGAGUAAAUAAAGAAAAACAUAUUAAUUGAGUUUACUGUGAAAUUAUUUUAUUUUCUUUACCUAGAUUAUAAUAUUUUAUAAAAAAAAAAAAACCCUUAUUUUAAAUUAUAAUUUGUGAGGUAUCUACUAAAUUAUUUGUGUGAUAAGAAUUAUUGAUGGCCUUAUAUGGUUAUAGAUAGAUAUAAUACCUAAAAAGUGUUACAAGUAUUUUUGCCCUGGGCCUCGCAAAUCCUAAGGACGGCACUGUAAGUAGCACACAAUAUAUAGUGACAUUGAAAGGAGAAAAUGUACACAUUCAACACUAAGAACAUUAAAAUUUACUUAGCUAACAGUUUAGACAGGAAUUGUUCUAAGUUAUAUAAGCCUUGAUUCCUCUGUUGCUCAAUACAUUCAAACUUAAACGUUUUAAUACCGGUGUAUAAUUGUCCGGAUGGCACUCUACAUUCAAUAAAAAAUACGCGUAUCUAAAGAAUUUAUGAUCUGAAUACGCGCUCAAGCCGGCGGGAAUCGCGUAAAGUGUGUGGAUCCCGAAUCACCUAAGACCUAUUUAUGGGGCGGGGGCCCUUUUUUUAGGCCGAAAUUUUAAGAAUAUAAUUUUAGAUUCUGAGCGAAGCAAGGAAUGUAUUAGUUUUACAAUGAUAUUUAUUAUUAUUAUAAAUUUUCUCAACGAUUGGAAAAAACGGGAAAAUGUACGAAAUGUAUAAGUAAAAUAUUUCGGUCUUUUUUCCUGUGCACAACUUUUCUACCAGCAAUAAUUUCGCUCCGAUUUAUAGUAAUGAUAGGAGUGAACAUUAUGCACAUUAUGCACUAUACAUAUUAAAUUCCGAAGAUACGUUAUUCUUUCUAUAUAAAUGCCAACGGUUUUCAUAUAUUACGUAUAUUAUUAUGUUUAGGCUUAAAAAGUUACGUGCGACAAAUGAAAAAUACGUUUUACGUGUCCAUCGAGUACAAACAUUCGUUUUCGUUCGAGUCGACCCCCAGCAAACUGAGCAGUGACAUUAUUCACGGUAUUGUCACUGAGAUGAAAUCCAAAAUCGAUAACGUCGUAUUCCUGUUCGACUGGGCCGGGUCGAUUUUCUCAUUCGUUUUCCUAUAUGUUUUUAUGAAGUGAGUGAUUCUUUUUUGUCUUGGUAUUUUUACUGCAGCAAACAAAAAUAACUACAUUGCCUACAUAUUAAUAUUAUUUAACGCAGAGUGUUGAAAUACAGACAGAAGUAUUUAACGAUCGAUUCGUUCGACAACAUGUAUUUGACGACGGAAUUAUACGAGCUAGACGAACGGAAACAGAUACUCGGACUGCCAACUAUUCUGCCGCUGACCAGAAUCGAGAAUAAUACAUACAUAGAGGUACUCAUAUUGCAGCGUGUUACUGCGUAACAUACUCAAUUGUUUACAUUAACUUUAGAAUUUUGCGAGAAAAUUUACAAUCAAUCUUUUAUGAACAAAGUAUUGACUGUUUUAGUAGGUCAAUUAUUCUGAUCGUGUGUGCCAUGGAUUUAUGUGUUAAACUGUUAAAAACUGUCUAAAAAUUGUUCAUACGAUAGGCAUAAUAUUAUAAUUAGUGCUGGAAAUUGAAUUUCCUAUAAGACCAUAAAAUUAACAUUAAAAAAAUACUUUUAUAUUAAAAAAUUCUAAAUAAUUCACUAAAAAUAUGUUUAUUUUUGAAAAUUAUCAUAUAAAUUGUAUUAAUAUUAUAAAUGAUUAAAAAAAAAAAGAGAGACCAUGUGUAUAUAAAUAUAUAGUCGAUUGUAUUACUCUAACAGAUUAUUAUAUAGAAAAUUCAGUGAUUUUAAAAAUACCAUGUUGGUUUUGUUUUAGAAGUUAUCUGUUUAAUUCUCAUUAUCUAGGUUUUGACAUUAUUUUUUCCGGUAGUAUAUAUUGUAUCGUAUUUUAUAAUACAAGUACUUACUUAUUAGUUUGCUAUAAUUAUAUGAAAACCGCGUUAGUGAGUAAUACAAUUUCAAAUUUUUUAUCAAAAAACUCCAAAAAAUGAUAAAACACUAAAUAAAACACUUGAUUUGAAGUUAAGAGGGUUUAAUAGCUAUGUAUCGUCAUAAUAAUCCAGCGGACGUCCAUUCGCCUGUUGCCGAAAGAGAAAAAAGCGUUGUUACGGUCGUUGGCCAUAAUGAUACUGGCCACUUUUAAGAUAUUCGUACAGAUUACGAUGGAUUACAGUCUUUAUUGGAUAUUGAUCACCGUCAGGAAAUACGGACGACUGUCGUCUCAACUCGACCGUAAGUAUCUAUGCGGCAAUGAUAAAACAAAAAGAAAACCGUCAGUAGCAUAAGCACGCCGUAAAAUUAUAUCGAUUUUAUCGAAAAUAUUAUUCAGCUGAGAACGCGGUCGACGUAAACAUCGACGGCGACGGAAUACUGGCGGACCUGUACAAAACGAUCGUUCACACGUUCAAACCGGUGCCCCAUAAAACGAAUAUGGACACGAUGAGUUGUUUACCGAACCCGUUGCCGCCGAACUACGGCCGUUACUGGCAGAUACGUACGAAAAAUGCUAUUAGAUAAUAUUUCACCUGUAAUGUUAUUACGAUUCUGAUUUCAUCCUGGGAAAAUAAUUGGCAAAUUUCUCGUUAAAUCUGAAACCUAUUUCUUCGCAUUUAUUUCGCGUAAGUGCGAAGUUAUCCGCUCGCUUGCCUACUCUUGCUCUCCGCAGCUCUCCUACCAUCGCCGUAUCACCUUAUCAACAAUUAUUAUUUCUUUAUAAUUUCCAAGUCUUCUCUAUCGUUUCUUCGCAUGAUAAUUGUUAAUAAUAAAUAAUAAUAAUUGUUUUCAAGUGUUCGUGUUGUGCUUGACGUGGUUACUGGCCAUCAUGCAACCAUUCGGGUUACGUCUCAAGUCGUACGUCAUGGGAUACUAUCAUCCGGACGUAGCCAAAACACGGGCUAUAUGGUUGCACAAUCGAAUGAUCCGCCGGAGGAUCAAUUUCGUCACGUUUGCACGGCGGUUUCUGCGCAGGAAAUUCGGUUUGGGAGGCGACCCAGCCGGUCCUUCGUGUCUUGAUUUCCUUUAUUCUAAGUGGGUGAACGAAACUUGUGUAUAUAUAUAUAUAUAUAUACAUAGAAAAAAAAGUAAUAUUUUUUGAAAAGUAAACGAAAUGUAAUACUUAUAUUGAAUUCGAAUGAAUAUGAUUUUAAAAAUUUGUAUUUUUCGGACCCUGAGUGUGGCGAUUCGUCCUUAUUAAUAUUAAAUGCAAUUAAUUGCACUAUAUUAGUUUUACCAUUGAUUUUUUGAAAUGGUUUCAGUAAGAUUAGUUUUCUCGGAAAAAAACGUUUUCACGCAGCACCUUAAAAGAUGUGAAUUUUUCGUUCGGCGGUUGUUUAUUUGAGCCACUUUUCUAAGUUCGCAAUUUCUUCAGUAAAAAAAAAAAAAAAAAUUGGGAACAAAUUACGACACGUUGAUAUUAAAAGGACAUAGAGAUCAUACAUUUUGAACAUAAGCUCAUAAAUGGGACAACAGGAUGUCAUGACAAAACCGGAUUUUUAAAUAAUUUCUAUUUCGGAGUACUUACACUUGUAUCUUGAACUUCUGGAUUUCUUUAGCUAUUACAUCGAAUAAAAAUGACAUUAUUUUCUAAGCAAACCAGUAAAUCGAGCUCUACUCAAUAUCGUUUUUUGUUUGCAACGAAUAAACGCAGGUGAUUUAAGAAUCGCUAGACGCCGCAGCUUCAUAGCCGAAUACGACGUUCUAAUCGGUUAUCAUUUUUCUCAAAACAUAAUCGCUCUUCAAAUUAUCACAUAACAUUUUUGCCAUAAUCGAAAUUCGGUUAACUAGUUUAUAAAAUAUUAUUUGUACAUUUGGUGACUAAAACAUUUGAUAAUACUAUUUCGAUUUAGAAAAAUAUGUAAAUGAACAACUAAAUUAAAAUAAAAAUAUUUUUUCUCGUCGAAGUACUAAUGAUGUUGGACAUAAUAGAAUCUGAUGAUAUUAAUAAUAUUAUCAUGGCUAUGAUGAAACCUGUAUUUCGUCUGAAAAAUCUAACUACCUAUAUUAAAUUCAGUGAUUCGGAAUAAGCAUUUUUGUCAGAAAAUUAAUGUCAAACAGUUGAUCAUAAAGUGCAUUUCAUUGUACGACUUCCACGUUAACUACCCUAUAAAUCAAUAGACGUUUUACAAUUUAUUUGAUUUUUUACAUGUUCUACCAGAAUUUAGGCAGCAAAAUCUCGUUGUAUAAAUAAUCAGUCAAAACAAGCCGAAUGAGAAAGCCUAGCGAUUCUUAUAUCGCUCAUGGUAUCUACUAACUUCCCAUUAAUGUUAAAUUAUUAUUAUUUAUUUAAAAGGUAUCCAUUUUUGGAUCACGUGUGGAGACGCCGAAAGGCGACGGUGUGCCUUCUGUGCGGUUAUAAAGUCAAAGGGACGGAUUUAAAAUCAGGAGAAGUGUUGUUGUGUCCCAAUGACGGCUGCAAGGGCGUUUACUGUUCGAGAUGUUUCGCGGACAUCAAGAACAAGUGCACCCUGUGCAGCAAGCCAAUCAAUUACGGGGACAUAACCGACAUUAGCGAAGAAAAGUAUAAUCACGUCGGACUGUCAUCCUUAAAAAUAAAACUACGAUACCGUUGAGACUUACAGUGUGGCCGUUUUCAGGGACAGUACUGACGUGUCGGAUGAAGAUGUUUUUAACCGUCUCCCGGAGCGCAGACGAUCGCGCAAACUGCAAACGAAGAAAACAUGUCGGACCAGGAAAAAAACGCUGCCCGCGGUUUCGAUACGCAAAAUCAGCUCGGGAGACGAGGGUGACGAUGAAAGUUAGUAUAUAAUAAUUAAUCGACCACAGUGGAAACAAGGUCUGUAGACGGUAAUGCGUUUAUCUGAGAUAAAGUUUUUGGGAAUAAGUGCACAUUUUUUUAAUAACCUUAUAAAUAGUAGAUAAAUUCGUUAUUUUUAUUCUAAAAUAUAAAAAUAUUGUUCUUGUUUAGAAAAAAAAAUUGAGAAAAGCGGGGGUCCGGGCCCCCGAGAAUCAGACACGACCUUCUUGACAACCUUUUCGUUUACCAUCAAAUUCAAAUUUACGAUUUUUAACUUGUAUCUAUAUUUAGUUUUUACUUAAAAAUACAAUUUUGUUAGACAUUUAUUAUGGACUUAUUUUAUUUUUAAUAGGUACAAAUGACGACACGUGCAGUACCAUAUCGAAUUCGUAUGAAAACGAUCCAACUUACGUGAACAAGCCUCUGGGCCACAGGAAUUUGAUUGUGGAGGCUCAAAACGAAAUCGGUGCGUCAAAAUGA